GCUUCUUUCAGUCUGAGUGGUUAUAGAUCUGACAAGCAUUCUUAGGGUUUAUCCGUGACCAACAAGAACCUUUUCUGUUUUUUUUGGGUCUGGUUCAAUUAAUUUUCUUUGAGAUUUAAGAUUUUUAUCGAAUUUCUAAAGUGGACCUUUUCUAGAUUCCUUAGGUUAUGCUUAUAUAAAAAGGUAUUCGGAUUCCCUGCAAAUGCCUAUUGAUUUAAUGCUUCUCUUCUCCUCUUAAAAUCUCCACCUCUCUGCAUUUCCUCUCGGGGUUCUUCCUCCCCUGCUCUGUGUUCCUUCUUUCUUUCUUUUUUUCAAAAUCAAAGCUAUAGCAGAAUUCGGCUUCCCUGGAUUUAAUGAUCGGGAUGUUGAAGAAGAAAGGAAAAAACUAGGAGGAGGAGUUGCCCACCAAUUUUUAGCUCAAUCCCAUCGUUAUACUCUGUAACUAGAUACGAUGAAGUGGGGGAUGGAAAUUCUUUCUCCAGAUUUCUUUUAUACAGACUCAAAUUGGAUGUUUGAAGAGAGCAGCAAGAGCACUGAAUGGACCCACGAAGAGAACAAGAUGUUUGAGAAUGCUCUGGCGGUAUAUGAUAGGGAAACACCUGAUAGAUGGGAGAAAGUUGCAGCCAUGAUCCCAGGGAAGACUGUAUGGGAUGUGAUGAAGCAGUAUAAAGAACUGGAAGAUGAUGUCAGUGAGAUAGAAGCUGGUCGAAUACCUAUUCCUGGUUAUCGAACCUCUACUUUUACAUUGGAUUGGGUGAACAACAGUGGAUUUGAUGGGCUGAAACAUAGCUAUGGUCCUGGUGGAAGGAGGUCUUCUUCAGGUCGUCCUGAUCAGGAAAGGAAGAAAGGGGUCCCAUGGACAGAAGAUGAGCACAGGUUGUUCCUCCUUGGCCUUAAAAAGUAUGGCAAAGGGGAUUGGAGAAAUAUAUCUCGGAAUUUUGUAGUCUCAAGGACCCCAACUCAAGUGGCUAGCCACGCACAGAAGUACUUUAUAAGGCAGCUUUCAGGAGGGAAAGAUAAGAGAAGAUCCAGCAUCCAUGAUAUUACAACUGUUAAUAUCACAGACACUAGACCACCUUCUCCAGAAAACAGACAUCCAUCCCCGGAUCAGUCUACUUUGUGUCCUCAACAGCCCAAAACACUAUUUGAUUGGAACCAACCCAGCAAUGGAGCAGGCAUAUAUUUCAACUCUACACAUGGCAACAUGUUCAUUCCAUCUGCUUAUGGGAUGACACCUUACGGGCUUAAGCUACAAGGUCAAAAUCAUCAUAAAGAAUCUCUUCGUGGAUCUCAUCUUGGACCUCACAACAUGGUAUUCCAGAUGUAGUUGCUACAACUACAGUUUUAUCGAUAAAUAGCUUCGUCUCUCGGGUUCCCAGCACAGAUAGUCAGCGCCUAAUGUUAUUAUGUUCAGUAGGAGUUUCUUUCUGUGUUUCUAUUGUGGUUCUUUGUGAAUAUUUGGUACUUUUUAGUACUUAAUUGUAUUUGAUCUUCAGUAAAUAGGGUUUAUAUUGCGCAUCCAUUUCAAA